AUGUGCCGCUUUCUCGUACACCCGAGCCAUUCGAUUCUCAAGCAGUCAUUUGACUCUCGCCUUCGCCUGGAUACUCGACGUGGCCAAAACAACGCCGACGGGUUUGGCAUAGGCUUCUAUACCGAUCCGAAGCUUGGUUCUGCUCCCUGCCUCUUCACCUCCACCAUACCUGCUUGGAACUGCACCAACCUUCACCGGAUCGCUUCCAAAACCGCAUCGCGCCUUAUCUUCGCCCAUGUCCGUGCCACCACUGAGGGCACACUGAGUGAGGAUAACUGCCACCCAUUUUAUCAUGGCUCGCUUAUGUGGAUGCACAACGGUGGGCUGGGCGGCUGGAAGCACAUCAAGCGCCGACUCGGCCAAAGUCUCGGCGACAAGUGGUACCUCGGCGUGGUCGGCGGGACUGACAGCGAAUGGGCGUUUGCGCUCUUCCUCGAUACCCUAGAGCGCAUGGGCCAUGAUCCGACUUCCAGUCCCCAGGGCGGCUUUGGCCCGACUGUGCUUAGGAAGGCCAUGCUCAGAACGAUUGAGACCAUCAACGAACUCACCGACGCGAUUUCCCGAGACCUUAUCGAGACGGAAAGUGUCGACACAAGGAGCCUCCUCAAUUUUGCCGUGACGGACGGUCACAGCGUCAUCUGCACGCGCUACAUCAGUAGCUCAACGGAUGAGGCCGCCAGCUUAUACUACUCUUCGGGGACGCAGUGGGAGGAAAAGCCCUCUCCAACUCCCGCCGCGUCAUCGCAGAGCUUCUACAUGGAGCGCCGCGACAAGGGCGCUGAUAUUGUGCUUGUUGCGAGCGAGCCUUUGACGUUUGAACGAGAAAACUGGGUUAAUGUUCCAACAAACUCUAUUCUCACCAUCCACAAACAGACCGUCAUGGUCCACCCGAUUAUUGACAAAUACUACAGCCGAAGUCCCAACCAUUUCCGGUCUAGUGCUUUUGUGCAGACCAAGGGUCUCAUUGCCAACGAAAAGGUGUCUACAAGGGGACCUAUUAGUGCGAUGGUCGAUGCCCCGGACGUUGCUUCGAAGAAACCAACAGCCAUCACCCUCCCUCAUAGGGAUGGCAUGGGAGGGUCCCCACCAGAGCCGGUUUCUUCCCCGCUCUCCCCAGGGAGAGUGUACAAGGUUAAUGGUAGAUUGGCCUGA